AUGCAGCCAUUCUCAUUCAGAUCAGCGGCGCUCUUCGUCGGCGUCGGCGCAGGCAUGAUAUUUUAUUUCACGUUCGAGAAGAAGCGGUUGGAGCGGAAGAGGAUCGUGGAGAUGAGCAAAGGAUACGGGAAACCCAAGGUCGGCGGCCCGUUCGCAUUGAAGGACGUCGACGGGAAUGAUUUCACGGACAAGGAUUUGUUGGGCAAAUAUUCACUCAUCUAUUUCGGCUUCAGUCAUUGUCCCGACAUCUGCCCCGACGAGCUCGACAAAAUGGGGGAAGCCCUCGAUAUAAUCCAAGAGAGAGCCCCGAACACAGUGCGGCCGAUUUUCAUCUCCUGCGAUCCCAACCGCGACACUCCCGAUGUCCUCAAAGCAUACUUGGCCGAAUUCCAUCCCGCCAUCCUCGGAUUGGUUGGUACAUGGCAACAGACAAAAGACGUUUGUAAACAAUAUCGGGUAUAUUUCUCCACGCCCCCAGAGUUGAAGCCAGGCGAAGAAGACUACCUGGUGGACCACAGCAUAUACUUCUACGUGAUGGACCCUGAAGGUGACUUUGUCGAAUGUAUCGGAAGGCAAGACACGCCGGAGAGUGCGGCGGCCAUUGUCCUCCAGCACAUCAAGGAUUGGAGAAGGGAGAGGAAGCCGAUUGAUACAACGCCGCUCCCGUACCUUCAGAAGAAAGAGUUGGCCCCUAGUGGUAAGCAGUGA